AUGUCUUACGAUUUGGCCACCGCUGAAAAUGCUGCUUACUCCCCAUUCUUCGGAUAUAUGGGAGCUGCUUCUGCUCAAAUCUUCACUGUCUUGGGUGCUGCCUAUGGAACUGCCAAAUCCGCUGUCGGAAUUUGCUCCAUGGGAGUUAUGCGACCUGAACUUAUCAUGAAGUCCGUUAUCCCAGUUAUUAUGGCUGGUAUCAUCGGUAUCUAUGGUCUCGUCGUUGCUAUGGUCUUGAAGGGAAAAGUUACAUCCGCCUCUGACGGAUACAACCUCAACAAGGGAUUCGCCCAUCUUGCUGCUGGACUUACCUGCGGACUUUGCGGUCUUGGAGCCGGAUAUGCUAUCGGAAUCGUCGGAGAUGCUGGAGUUCGCGGUACUGCCCAACAACCACGUCUGUUCGUAGGAAUGAUUCUCAUUCUCAUUUUCUCUGAGGUACUUGGACUCUACGGAAUGAUCGUCGCCCUUAUCCUCGGAACCUCUUCAUAA